AUGGCCAAAGAAAGCACCGCGCCGACAGAGCCCCUCACCCCUGGAGGCAAGCCGAACAACCAACAUCGCCCCUCGCAUAUCCAGGAACCCGAAUUUGGUAAACCUUCGCCGAUCGGCCCACAGCAAAAAUCGAAUCACCUCUUUAACAUUCCGAAGCCUAACCAAGCACGUGCCGAACAUCACCGUGUCCCUCAAAGAUUCAACAACCAAUCCGAUCCACGCGCGAGACAAAACCCCCCACCUGCUGGGCCUCAAGGGUAUCGUCCAUCAGUCCCAUCUGGGGCGGUUGCUGCCACGCCUGCAUCGAAGCGCAGCGAGCCAUGGGACCCCUUCAAGCCAGUGGCACCAUCCGCCUACAACAAUCACCGUGGGGGCUUUCAACCGGGGUCAGUGAGCAUUAAGCGCCCCGAGAAUGUCACCUGGACAACACCUCGAGCCCCAAGGCCGAUCUUCCAAUCCAAGCCUCUUCCGCCUAAACCCAGCAACUCGUCCAAGAAUCUCCAGAGCUUCAUCGAUCUUACACGCGAUGCAAAUGAUCCAGUUCCCCGAAAGCCAGCGGCCCCUGCUCCCUCCGGAUUCGGGGCCAUGGACAUGAAUGGCUAUGUCGAUACAGCUAUGGCAAACGAAAACAUCAAGGCUUUGCUUGAGGGUGCCUUUGAAGACGAAGAGGAAAAGACCCAAUUGAAAUCUACAAACAAAAAGAAGAAGGGCUCGAAAAAGAAGAAGUCCAAGACCAAGUCGAAGGAUGUGGUCGUUGAGGACGAUAAAAAGGAGCAAGCUGCUGAUGAUCUUGAUGAUCUUGCCGCUCAACUCUCCGGUGUAACAUGA